AUGCAAAGAACAGCCAUCGAAGAGGAGCAGUUAAUCAACGUCCCUUACUAUGCAACAUUGAAGUCGACAGAUUCCAUUAUUCUUAGCUCGACAAGCACUUCGAGUCAACGCUUGAGCGAAUUGACAGCUACCACCAAUUCGUCUAUUUCGCUCGAUCCGAGUACCACUCCAAUGAACCCUUCUGAUUUCGACCAGUUUGACAUUAUCGACAGCCUUGAUUUCGAUGAUGUGGAUGAUACAUUGCUAGAUCAAGAAAUGACUCAUCAGCAGAGAGAAUCCAUCAUCCAGGAGCUCUUGAGCACUGAGAAGCAGUACCUGGAGACAUUGAACAUUGUAUUGAAUUAUUAUAUCACGCCUCUUCGAAAGAACAGCAACAAGAGUUCGUUUAAUUUCUUGGGCAUGAAGAAGCUGCCUUGCACCGAAAGGGAAAUGCGCUGGUUGUUUGGCAAUUUCGAGGAUAUUCAAGCAGUUCAUACUGAUAUUCUGUCAAGCCUGGAAGAACGACUAAGCAUUUGGGGACCGACUCAAAUCAUAUCGGAUGUCAUUCAGACCUGGUUCCCAAGGAUACAACAGCAAUAUCACAUUUACUUUGACAAUUACGAUGUUCUAGUCACUACCUACGAGCGAUUAACAAGAUAUCAGCCCUUUAAAAAGUUCACAGUGACAGUUGACAAGAAUGCCAGGUUGAAAGGUACCACAUUGCUGUCUUUCCUGCAAGCCCCUGUUUUAUGUAUCAGCAGAUAUCACAAGCUUGUGUUGAAAUUAGCAGACAACACUUCCUCAAUGCACCCUGAUUACGUUGGCUUGAUGCAAUGUAAGAAUCGCAUUCAUCAAAUUGCGGAAGAAUUCAAAAUCAAAUUCGACGAUGCCCGAAAUGUAAAUCGAGUCUAUGAUAUCCUUGCAGCAAUGACAGGCCAACCAUUCAGUGUCAAGGCAGAACGCAGAUUGCACCUCCAAAACAAUUUCACUCGAGCCACUCGUCUCAGCGGCGAAGAUUUAUCCUACUUUUUGUUUUCAGACAUGCUGGUGUAUGCCAAGCAGAAGCAAUCCACCUUGCAAUACAAAGGCCAUAUUGUGUUGAACAGAGCAAAGAUCAGAGCACUUUCACCUGAAGAGUCAAUUGAAGACGGCUGGUCUAUCGAAAUCACAUCACCCUUCCAAGGUGUCGACUCACUCAACACAACAUUUAUGGGUUCUCCUACAGCUCAAGUCAUUCACACCUACAGCAAGCAAGAUCAAUCGAAAUGGGUCUCUUGUCUUGAGAUCAUUGUCGCUCGACUCGACCAAACGCAACAAAGCAAAAUUAUGAUCAACAACAACAAAUUGACUCCUCCUGGCUCAUUGAGAAGACAUGCUACCACUGUUUCAUCCAAUGGCUCUUCUUCGAAUCACUCACAUACACAAGAAAGCUUUUAA